CGGCCACCACUGGCUUCAAUAUGGCUGCCCCCAAGGAAAGGCGGGGUUAGUGUGAAAGUACAGACCCUGACUCCCUCGUCGCAUGGAUCGUAGCGCAGAGUUCAGAAGAUGGAAGGCGCAGUGUCUGAGCAAAGCGGACCUCAGCCGGAAAGGCAGUGUGGACGAGGAUGUGGUAGAGCUUGUGCAGCUCCUAAAUGGGCGAGAACAGUUUUUCACCACCAGUUCCUGCGCUGGCCGCAUCAUCCUCCUAGACCGGGGUAUAAAUGGUUCUGAUGUUCAGAAACAAAACUGUUGCUGGCUACUGGUCACACACAAACCCUGUGUGAAAGAUGAUGUGAUUGUAGCCCUAAAGAAAGCGAAUGGCGAUGCCAUUUUGAAAUUUGAACCACUUGUUCUUCAUGUGCAGUGUCGACAGUUGCAGGAUGCACAGAUUCUGCAUUCAGUGGCAAUAGAUUCUGGUUUCAGGAACUCCGGCAUAACAGUGGGAAAGAGAGGAAAGACUAUGUUGGCUGUCCGGAGCACACAUGGCUUAGAAGUUCCAUUAACCCAUAAAGGAAAACUGAUGGUGACAGAGGAAUAUAUCAACUUCCUGAUAAAGAUAGCAAAUCAAAAAAUGGAGGAAAACAAGAAGAGAAUUGAAAGGUUUUACAACUGCCUACAACAUGCUUUGGAAAAAGAAACUAUUUCUAUGACCUCAUAUCCCAAAGAGAAAAUCAAAGAGAAAAAUAACUCAUCAUAUACUCACAAGAAUAAAAGAAACCCAGGAAAAGCAUGUGGCAAAUAUAUUACUGAAGAAAAUAAUAAAGAACUUGAAAAUGAUGAUCAUGAUGAUCCAGGAAUCAGUGUUACUAUCUUCCCUGAAGAUUACUGAGAUUUGGUUCUGAAGUGUCUUGGUAGAAUAAUGUUUCUAAUAGAUAUUCUAAAGCUGCUCUUUAUAGGAGUAUUUUAGUUAGUUGAGUGUAUCAGCCUUUCAGAAAAACAAGAUUUAAUUUUUCUCUAUAUUUUAGGGAAACCCUUAGCUUUUAAAAAUAGCUGUGUAUAAUAUCAAUAUUUGCUCUUAAAUACCAUUGUUUUUAGUCACAUAGUCAUGGCAAAAAUAAAAUUAUGAUUUUUAAUGCUUAUCCUUAAGUUUCAGUUUCUACUUCUGUAAAACAGAAGAACUAUAAUACCCUUUCAAGAGAGCCUUAACAUUAGGAAUAUUAGAGUAUAGGUCCUACAGUAGGACCUUGUUUAUCCAUUCUAUAUAUAAUAGUUUGCCUCUGCUAAUCCCAAACUCCCAAUCCUUCCCUCCUCUGCUCCUCUCCCCCUUGACAACCACAAGUCUGUUCUCUAUGUCUGUGAGUCUAUUUCUGUUUCAUAGAAAAGUUCAUUUGUGUCAUAUUUUAGAUUCCACAUAUAAGUGAUAUCAUAUGUUAUUUGUCUUUCUGACUUCACUUAGUAUGAUAAUCUCUAGGUCCAUCCAUGUUGCUGCAAAUGGCAUUAUUUCAUUCUUUUUAUGGCUGAGUAAUAUUCCAUCGUGAAUAUGUACCACAUCUUUAUCCAUUCAUCUGUCAAUGGACAUUUAGGUUGUUUCCAUGUCUUGGCUACUAUAAGUGCUGUUAUGAACAUAGGGGUGCAUGUAUGUUUUUGAAUUAUAGUUUUGUCUGGAUAUAUGCCCAGGUUUACUCCUUUUUUCUAUCAUGGCUCUGAACUCUCUCUUUGGCCUUUAAAGUAAGAUACUAAUAUUUCCCUUAGUCAUUUUGAGUCCUCCAUCUUCUUGCCAUCCUGCAACAUUUGGCCCCAUUAACACUCUUAGACCCCUGAAUCUGCCCUUUCAUCAGCAUCCUGAAUGCUUUCUUCUCAAUCAUUUCCCUGUUUAUAGUGAAUCAUCAGUUAUUUUUCUCUCCAGCACUUUAAUAUUUUUCAACAUUUAUUGCACCUUAGAAUCAUCUUUAGAACCUUGAAAAAAUGCAGAAAAGACCUGAGAAUCUCCAGGGAUAAGCACGUGUAUUUUUUCUUUUAAAGCUCUCAAGUCGUUCUCUAAUUGGAAACUAAAGGGUAAUAACGCUGUAGGCAUUCCCAAGUUUCUGUCUUUGGCCUUCAUCUUGCAUUCCUGUCUGCACCCCAGCUAACUCAUCCAUCCCAGUAGCCUUCACCUCUGAGACAAUGACUCCCGCCUCUCCUGUCCUGGUCUGUCUCCUAUGCUCUGACUAACUGCUGGGCCUCACCAGUAGAGCUGUUACUUUUCAAGUGUUCUCUUGACUGUUUCCUGGUUCUUUGGCUAGAGAAAGCAGACUUUUGUUGGGGCUUUUUGUUUGUUUGUUUGAGCCCAUUGACAUUUCCGGGUUGCUGGCUUUUCCAAUGCCCAGUCUGGGAUAUGUGAGGUAAAAAGAAAACCCAGGGAACUCACAAUUAUGUUGUUCUUUAGGUCCCCAAAUCCCUAGCUGGUCUACCUUUCCCUUGUCACCUCUCAGAGUCUUCUUAUGUUUAUUCUAUACAUAGUGUCCAGAGUUUUUAUUUUUAUUUUUGGCUGUGCUGCGUGGCUUGCAGGAUCUUCGUUCCCCAACCAGGGACUGAACCCAGGCCCCAGCAGUGAAAGUGCCAGGUCCCAACCACUGGACCGCCAGGGAAUUCCCUGUCCAGAGGUUUUAGUUGCACUUAGUGAAAGGAAUAGAAAAAAGUAUAUCUACUCCAUCUUCCAGAAUCAGAAGUCUAAUAUAUUUUUUAAAUUAAUAAUAUUAUCACAUCAUGGGGUAUUGUUGAGGAUACCUCUGGAACCCAUCCAGAUUGCCCAGAUAAUAUAAUCUACUUAGUGCUGUGCCCCAUCUCCCAGUUUGUAUGCUUGGCUGUUCUUGCCUCAGGCUGCUGGAGCAUCUUCAUUCUAAAAUAGAGGAGAAGAAGCCUGGGAGUCUGUUUCCUGCCCUCUACCCACCGCCACCACACACACACUCACUGUCUCACAGCCAAUAAUGACAAGUGCAGAGUUUCAAAACAGUUCUGUUGCCCAGAAAUGGGAUAAACUUGGAUGUGCAAUUGCCAUUUAAGCUCCCAGCAGCAUCAGGCUAAGGCUGGGAUGUCACCUUAAUCCUAUCAUGUUUUUCCCACUCCCUUCCCCAUUUCUUCUGGGAGCUCCUGCUUAAUAAAUCACUUGCACUAGAAUGGUGUCUUCUUUUACAAGAACCUGACCUAAAGUACUGAGAUUAUUUUGUCUAUAUUUGAGAAAGUGAUGGCAUAUGUUUAUUAUAAAGAGCUGAUGUUUUAAUGUGCUACAAAUUAUAUCAUUGGUAGUGAUUUAAACUUAUGAGGCAAAUAAAUUUUUAUAUUAAGUA